GAACUGAAGCUUACUGUUGCUUCAGAACCCCCUGAAUAUUUGACAGUUCCAGGGACAACCACAUCUCCAAAACUCCCUGAGGUGACAGGGAACCCAGAACAGGUUCAGACUCAACGCCCAAACCAGACUGAAGUCACAGUUGAACAAUUUGACCUUGAACUUAUCUAUACUCCAAAACUCAGUACAGAGAAUGAACCUUUGCCAACCAGGCAGGAGACACAAAUUCAGCCUACAAAGCCUACACAGAUUGUGCCUCAACUUCCAGCAUAUUAUGAGAUGACAGUUCAAACACCAGGACAGAACCAGGUUCAAAUUCCAGUAUCACCCAAUAUCACAGAUCAGUUUUUAGACCUAACACCUUCUAAUAUUUCAGAACCCACUACCUCAGAGUCUGAACAUUCUACAGGCCUGCAACAAGACAAGAUUCAGACUCAGCGUUCAAAUCUGACCGAAGUCACAGGGAAACCUUUGGACCUGGAAGUUAUGAUAUCUUCUGCACUCAGUACGGUGGUUAAACCGUCUCCAACCACUCAGGAGACUCCAGCUCAGCCUCCUCACUUGGAAGUUACCAUAACUCCAGAACCCAGUGUGGUGGCUGAACAUUCCACAUCCCUGAAGAAGAUUACAGCUGCACGCGCAGACCAGGUUCAGACUCAGCACUCAAACUUUACUUCAGUCACAGGUCAACCUUCAAAUCUGGAACUUAAAACUCAACCUUCUGUAAAUUACAUCCCAGUAAAUACCUUGACUGUGCAAAAGGAAAAGACCACCUCACGGAAUAUCAACAUUUGCAAGCUGUGUACCUGCAGAAAUGAGACAUUGUUAUGUACUGGGCUCAGCCCAAGUCAGAAGCUCCACCAAGUGCCUGUGCCAGCUCCCAACACCUACAAUGGCACCUUCACCAUCUUAAAUUUCCAGAAAAACUUUAUUUCCUACAUUGAUGAAAAUGUAUGGAAAUCAUAUCCUUGGGCUGAGAAAAUAAUUCUCAGUGAUAAUCGUUUGACUGAAUUACAUAAGGAUUCAUUUGAAGGCUUGAUAUCACUGCAGUAUCUGGAUUUAUCCUGUAACAACAUACAGUCUAUUGAAAGACAUACAUUUGAACCACUACCUUUCUUGCAGUUUUUAAAUCUUGGUUGCAAUUUACUCACAGAACUGAGCUUUGGCACAUUUCAGGCAUGGCAUGGGAUGCAGUUUUUGCAGAAGUUAAAUCUCAGUCAUAAUCCUCUAACAAUUGUUGAAGAUCCCUACCUGUUUGAAUUACCAGCAUUGAAAUAUUUAGAUGUCGGCAGAACACUUGUGUCACUCAACACAAUCGAGAACAUCCUCAUGAUGACUCUCAAAUUGCAACAGCUGAUCUUACCUAGCCAUAUGGCCUGCUGCCUGUGCAAAUUUAAAAAUGACAUUGAGGUUGUCUGCCAAACAAUCAAGCUGCACUGUGGCAAUGCAUGUCUGAGAAACAGUACACACUGUGUUGAAGAAGCUUUUAUAAGGAAUCCAAAAGGAAUGUUCCUGAAGGCACUGCAGGCCCGGAAGAGGAACACUAGCACUGAAUUGAUUAUUGAGCCAGAGGCGCAAGAGUCACAAACACUCAAUUUGAAUACAUCCUCAAGGGAUGAGUCUGAACUUCAGCUAAACCAGCAACUACGGUCCCUCAUCCCCAACAAUGACAUGAGAAAGUUCAUUUCAUAUGUUAUCAGGACUCUGAAAAUGGACUGCUCUGAGCCCUAUGUGCAACUGUGCUGUGCCAAGCUCAUCUCCAGAACGGGCCUCCUCAUGAAGCUCCUCAGUGAGCAGCAGGAAGUAAAGCUGGCCAAGGCAGAAUGGGAUACAGACCAAUGGAAAAUGGAGAACUACAUCAAUGAGAGCCUAGAAGCUCAGAGUGAUGCAAAAACGACUGAGUCAAGUGAGCUCACAGAGGAGGAGGUUCCAGGAUACGGCUAUAACAAAAAACUCAUCUUGGUGCUAUCUGUGGUUUCAAUAGUGGUGGUCUUCGCUAUCAUUUUCUUUUUCAUUAAGAAUUACCCUCGUGCUUGUAGGAGAGCAGCAGAGGAUGAUAUAGAAAACUAUCCAAGGGGCUUUUUUGAACAUUCGUCUAGGAAGUUCACGGACAAUGAGACCCAGGAGGGCUUUUUCUGGCUGAGGUGGCCACUCUGGCUAAGGGAUAUGUACAAACCUCUUAAUGCUGCACGCCAGAAAGAGAUGGCUCGGAAGCUCCAUGACAAGGAGUCCUCUGAGGAAGAUGAGAUGUUCCAAAAGAAUGCAGGCAUGGUGAGUGAAGGCCCAGGUGAGAUGGCGCACACGGAGUCGGCUGCCGAAGGAGAAAGUGAAGCCCCCGAGGAGGAGCACACAGAGUGACCCCUUCCGUUGUGGCUGCCCGUGGGUUAUAUCCUAAUCUGCUUCUGACUUAGUUAAGAAAAUAUAUUGUCUUGUAUUCAAGUGUGUGAUAUUCAUAAGCAGUCCCAGCCAAGGUGGUAAGAAAUGAAAGUGGAAGAGAUCCCAUCUCUAUUGUUAGUGGUCUACUUGUGGCCUGCCUCGUCAGCCUUUAAACAUAGAACAUCUUCCGCACAGGCUCCUUCUACAGAAACUGACCUGGUAGACACAGUCAAGCCAGUCUUGCCCAACCUCUCUUCUCUGAAAGCUAAGGGGAUUCAAUAUGCUGUUUGAUCGUUCUGCUUAUAAAGGUCCCCCCGACCC